UAUUCCAAUGGUAGUGACUUACGUCAAUAGCUACCACGUGAUUAUAUAAUUUCCGAAAUGGCGCUGCUGUACUCCGCGCAGUUUCCUUUAACACUGUGCGUGUAGCGCGGUGCGGUGUGUCGGAUAGUUACCAUCGGAUUUAAAACAUUAAAAUGUUCUCAUCCUUACUGGAGACGGCCCGGAACUCACCGUUCCGUGGCCCGUUGACUGGAGCCCAAUGUGAAGCGGCGCCUUCACAAGCUAUGGCUGCAUCUUCAGCGGUCCCACCCUCCGGAGACUCCUGCGAGUUCGGUUCCAGCAAAUACUUUGCUCUGUGUGGACUCGGUGGAAUCCUCUCUUGCGGUAUCACACACACGGCCGUGGUUCCCCUCGAUCUGGUCAAAUGCCGCCUUCAAGUCGACCCUGACAAGUACAAAAAUGUUGUGAACGGUUUCAAAGUAUCCGUCCGUGAAGAGGGCAUGCGGGGACUCGCUAAGGGCUGGGCACCCACCUUCAUCGGAUACUCACUUCAGGGUCUUUGCAAGUUCGGUCUCUACGAGGUCUUCAAGGUCGGUUACUCUGGUAUGUUGGACGAGGAGGCAGCUUAUAGUUACCGUACAUUCGUUUAUCUGGCUGCAUCAGCGUCCGCUGAGUUCUUCGCUGAUAUCGCCCUCUCACCGCUGGAAGCUGCUAAGGUGAGAAUCCAGACUAUGCCUGGAUUUGCGACCACCCUCCGUGAAGCCUGGCCCAAGAUGGUCCAAAAUGAAGGGUUCGGCACCUUCUACAAGGGCUUGGUGCCAUUGUGGGGACGACAGAUACCAUACACUAUGAUGAAGUUUGCCUGCUUCGAGAAAACACUAGAAAUUCUAUAUAAGUAUGUAGUGCCCAAGCCACGAGAACAGUGCACAAAGGGAGAGCAGUUGGUUGUGACAUUCGCUGCUGGUUACAUAGCUGGUGUGUUCUGCGCUAUUGUGUCACAUCCCGCUGACACUGUCGUCUCCAAACUUAACCAGGACAAGACAGCGACCGUUGGCUCUAUAGUUGGGAAGCUCGGCUGGGCCGGAGUGUGGAAGGGGCUCGGACCUAGGAUCAUCAUGAUCGGUACACUGACCGCUCUCCAAUGGUUCAUAUAUGACGCCGUUAAGGUAUGCAUAUAAUAAUUCACGUACAAAAUCUCUUAAAAUAAUGUUCCCAAGACAAUACCAAGUAAAUAAUUACAUGUCGUGGUGGCCUGGAGGUUAAACCACCCGCCUCUCAUACAUGAGGGCGCGGGUUCGAAACCUGGCAAGUACCAAUGUGAUCUUUUCCGAGUCAUAUGUACUUUCUAAGAGUAUUCAGACACCACUGACGACGGUGAAGGAAAACAUCGCGAGGAAACCUGGUCUUUAUAUUCAAAUUAUAAGAUUGAAAUCGCCAACCCGUCUUGAGCGAGCGUGGUGAUUAAUGCUCUAACCUAUUCCAUGUGGAGAGGUUUUUGCUCAGCAGUGGGCUCCUAUGGGAUGAUGAUGAUGAUGAUGAUGAAUAAUUACAUAUAAAAACUCAAAUCAAAUUCUAUUUGCAAUUAAAUAUAAUUUUACUUGGGUAAUUGAGUCUUUCAUUAUAAUCUUAUAAAUAGUUCCACGCUCGUACCUAGAUGGCGCUGUUAUUAAUCAACUUCACACAAAAAUAAUUGAUUAUCAAUUAUAAUUGAUUAAUAAUUACACAAUAAUCUGUGGGAUUUUUGAAGGAAAAAACUAAUAUACUCAUAUACAUAUGUUAUUAUUUAAUAGGUAUACCUGAGAAUGCCACGACCACCUCCAGCCGAGAUGCCAGAGUCUAUGAGGAAGAGACUAGAGGCUGAAGAAGCUGCUAAGUCUAAGUAAAA